GGAGAAGAUAAUUUCACUUACUGUCCAGCAACGGGCCUAGCUAAAGGAAACGAGCACUCGGAAUUUGCUGGCUGGGCAUUUCCAUUUCCAGGGGUGUUCCUGAUGGAGGAGUUCAUUAGUGAAGAUGAGGAAUCUGAGAUAGUUGAACUGAUGGAUCGAGAUGACUGGAAACCGUCACAGUCUGGCCGAAAGAAACAGGACUAUGGUCCCAAAGUGAACUUCAAGAAACAAAGGCUGAAGGCUGGCAGCUUUACCGGUUUGCCACGUUUUAGCAAGAAGAUUGUGGCACAAAUGGAGGCCUGCUCCGUGCUGGGUGGUUUCUUACCUGUUGAACAAUGUAACCUGGACUACAUGCCAGAAAGAGGUUCUGCCAUCGACCCACACUUCGACGACUGGUGGCUCUGGGGAGAGCGUCUGGUGAGCUUAAACUUGCUCUCAGAUACCGUGCUAUCCAUGUCUUGCGAUUCAAAGGACAACAUCCAAUUACUUCCCACUUCCAGUGGCGAGGGACCCAGCUGCACGUUGUCCCCGCGCCUCGUUCCGAGUCGGGAGGUGGCUGUUGCCAUUCCCUUGCCGCGGCGGUGCCUGGUGGUGCUCUACGGCGAGGCGCGGUACCGCUGGAAACACGCCAUUCACCGCAGGCACAUCCAGCGCCGCCGCGUCUGCGUCACGUUCCGGGAGCUCUCCGAGGAGUUCAGCACAGGGGGAAGGCACCAGGAACUGGGUAAAGAACUGCUCAAAAUAGCUCUUUCCUUCCAAGGCAGGCCGGUGUGA